GGCGCUGUGCUUCGCUGACUCCUGUCAUUGCAACACCAAUCGAACAUUAGCAGCCUUGCUAGCUGUAAUCCAGACAGAACCCUGGACGCCGCGACGCUGCAUCAGUGAAGACGAGUAAGAAACAGAACAAUGGUGAAAAUAUUUGUGGGUAACCUCCCUGGCGAAGCACAGCAGGAAGAAAUAAAAGCGCUCUUCUCAGAGUAUGGCAACGUCACGGAAUGUGCAAUCAUCAAGAACUUUGCCUUUGUCCACAUGGAUGACCGCAAGGCAGCUACAAAGGCCAUCAAGAACCUGCACCUUCACAAGCUGCAUAACACACCUAUAAACGUGGAGGCCAGCAACGGGCGGAACCAGGGGUCAGUCAAGCUGCACGUUUCCAACGUGGAGAAAGGAGCCGACGACGAGCUCCGUGCCCUCUUUGAAGAGUAUGGCUCAGUCACAGAGUGUGCCAUUGUCAAGAAUUUUGCCUUUGUGCACAUGUCUAACUCGGAAGAAGCAAUGGAUGCCAUGAAAGGACUUGAUAACACUGAGUUCCAAGGGAAACGCAUCCAUGUGCAGAUUUCCAAAAGUCGUCCCAAAUAUGACGAGCAGUAUGACUACCCUCCCUCUCACGACCAGGAAGGCUACUGGCCACCACAGUACCCUGGAGAGUACUCCCACCCGGGGGCGUCCGACUACAUGAGAGGGCGCCCCGGCCACAUGCCUCGAGGUUUCCCUGCCCCUCCCCUCCCGCCACAUCCCCCCAGGCGAGCCGCUUAUUCUCAGCAUCCAUACAACGGCGACAGGGGUCAAUAUGGCGUCAUAGAUUACUAUGAAAAGUAUCGAGCACGUCCUUAUGGGGCGUCGCCGUACCAGGACCAGCGUUCUGGCCCGCCACCUCCUCCGCCUGUUGCUCCUGUGCGAGACCCUGUUAUGGCGUCACCGAUUGACUCAUACGACCGACGUCCACCGCCGCCUCCCAUGCCUUCGUACUACCCCAGAGACCGUAGUCCCCUCCGAAGGCCCCCUAGCAUGGCUAUGCCCAGUGCUGGUAAUGGCUACCCCUAUGAGCGCUCCCGUCUUUCUCCGGUUAAACGUGUCCCAGCAUAUGGUGUUCCUCGACCCAGGGACCCCUACGCCGAGCGACCUCCCCCGCCACCGCCUUCUCGCUUCGCUUAUUAAACCACAUCAAAGCUUUGCGACGCCAAGGUGAGGUCCUCGAGUGGAAAUGUUUUAUUGUCGUUGGACCCUAUAUAUAUAGUCAAGAGACCAUGCUCUUUCCCCCUCGGCAGUGACGUUGAUAUGAAGCUGUGCGUUCCGUAAAAACGUGGCACAUUAGUGUUUUCGUGUUUUUUUUUUCUCCUUUUUUUGCUUUCACAGCUUGAAGGGUUCACUGGUGUGAUUUCCUCUUUUUCAGGGAUCGUCAUUCGACUGCGUCGUUGCUUUCCACCCUCUGAUGCGUCCUCACGUCUGUGGCCGUGCGCGGUUUUAUUCCAUUAGGACAGACACUGGAGGACUCAAAAUGCCGUCGUCCACAUCUGCCAUAGUUUUUUAUUGUGAUGUUUGUUCUUCGAAGACGUCCGUUGUAGCCCUAUUUCAAGUUAUUUUUUUUACCUGCUUUAGAUUUUGUGAUUCUGUGAAGGUAUGUGAUAGAAAUUCCCACGCGAUACUUGAUGUCCAACCCUCUCAUGCUAAACAGAGACUGCACGAUUCCAUCAUAAACUUCCUUUCCGCAAAUGAGUCCUCCGUGUGCCGUAUUUGUGAAAAUAAAGUUUCAAGAUGAAAACGUACCUCAGGGCGUCGUCGUAUUCCCCAACUCUGCUCCUUAAGAAGCACUCGAUGUCACUCAAGAGCCUUUCGUUAUACCUGCGUAUAAUCGCCGCCUUCGUUUCGACCAACGAGAUCCGAUCAAAUUGAUUUAAUAUUCGGCGUAAGUCAGUUCCAUUACCCAUUGCACAUGUGGCCGGCCCCCCCGAGUCCAACUACAUCAAAGGCUGAAGAACAUGCCCAUCUCAACAGGUAAGUCAAGGUCGUCAUGUGUGUUACGGUUAUGUGGUCUGGUCCAGGGCUCUCAAACUGAUCCACAAAGGAGCUGCAGUGGGUGAGGGUUUUUGUUUCCACUCAUCAGGUGUCAGCUGAAACAAGCAGCACCAGACUGACAAGUGGGGACAGUCUUCAGACACCUGACUGGUGAAAAGGCGAUUGGCUGCAACAGAAACUUGCACCCACUGUGGCCCUUUGAGGACCGUCUGUGACCCCUGAGCUCGAGCAACAGUGAGUAUUACCAGCCAUUGGCUGCUCCAACAGGUUGGGAAACUCGACUUUGAUCUGGUGUUACAGUCACAAAGAGUUGUUGUAAUCUCGUCAGGAAUGUGGUAAUAACCCUGUUAGUUUGGACGUAUCCAAUUUCUCAUCGCUACAACACAGGUUGUAGUAGUAACUAAGACCUCUUAGGAUAUUUCACGCUGCUAAAGUGCUGUUUGACGUAUUAUGACGGCACUAAGUGCGGAGAUCCUUGUUUCAUCAGUGUCCUGUCAUACCGUAAGUAGACAGUAGAUGGCAGCUGCAGCUUGCUUUUUUUUUUUUUUUAUAUAGUACGCCUGAGCAACAACAAAGUCAACUCGUUUUCCCUGCAUUUGUACAGCAGUAUAUGGGAUCAAGACAAAUUGAAGUUGCUCCUCAUCGGUGGUAUGAACUAAUAUUACCGUAGUUAGACCUGCUUUUAAGAUAAAAUCCUAGAGUUGUACUCAAUUUCUUGUGAAAAGAUGUGUAAUAGAUGACUACAAAAUGUGGGAAUUUGAAACAUCUAAAAGGCAAAGAAUGCCAUUGAGCGUUUGUCUUGAUUUACCACUGAAGAGGCGUUGGAGUCUCAUUCAGUUUAACCUAACAUUUUCUUGACCUCAGCACUAGUGCUUGUAUUGAGACAAUAACAUGUGCAACACCGACGUCAAGGAGCUGCGAAGUGAUUCUAAUUUAGUUGAACGUAGAUCUGUGAUUCACACGACUUUGAGAAUACAACCCUGAGUAGCACCAAGAUGAGAGGGGGUCAGGCCCAGAAUCACUUUCCUGGUUGCUCCAGGAUGGAAUGAAGGAUAAAUGAAAUCUUGAGUCUAUUUAUGCUUGUGCUUUUUUUACAUGUCUGAUUUGGAACCCUGAAUAAAAUGUUUUUUUCUUCUAA